UCGUAUCUCCAGACCUCGUGCCAUUGUCGGAACAGAGCCUUACUAGACCAUGCUGUUUUUCUUCGCCGUUUUGUUCGUGCCUGCAGCGUUGGCGGCAAAAUGUUGUGGCCCUACCAAGUUCUCCGGCGUAAUGCAUAUGGUUGGUGCCACUAUACGACCAGAUGGAACCCCUAAUCUAUUCGAUUAUGAUCUGAAAGUGUCCUAUGACUACGACCUGAAGAUGGCCAGAACGGAUACGAUGAUUGCUGGUCGGAAUCAGAUGUCACUUAUCGAUUACAACAAUAAUGUCACGUAUAGCGUUUACGAUGGUUUUUGCACAAAGAACUCCUCAUUUGUUGAGGCUCAGAGCCCUUGUGUACCAGAUGAAGCUCGGUUUGUUGGAAGUCAAGUUAUGGGGAGUGCUAAUGCUAGCCUCGCUGUGGACACAUGGAGAUUGACGACAAGCGACUUGGUCAUGAAAAUCACAGUAACGAAAGACACCUGCACGAUCGUACAGGAGUCUAUGUACGGUAAUAUCAACGGUGAGCAGGGUGAAUCGACGUACAUUGUCUCUGACCUCACAGAAGGAGCACUUGCAAAUGGAGUCUUCAAUGUCCCACCUGAAUGCAGAUAUCAGACUGCUCCUUUGGUCGGAUGAGUCAUGACUGGAUAUUAAGCUGUAUGACAUGUACUUAAUAUGUUUUUUAAAAUAAAAAGAUUUAAAAUAGAAGUUAUGU